UUCCCCGGCGCCGUGAGGCAGCUCCGCGUGCCGCCGGCGCCGGCACCACCAGCCUCGAGAAUGGCCGCCUUCCGCGCGCUGGGCUUGGCUCCGUGGCUGGCUGCGCAGGCGGAGCAGAUGGGCCUGGUGAGGCCCACGCCGGUGCAGGAGGCGUGCAUCCCGCCCGCGCUCCAGGGCCGCGACUGCAUGGGCUGUGCCAAGACAGGAAGUGGCAAGACAGCUGCGUUCGUGCUGCCGAUCCUGCAGAAGCUUUCGGAAGAUCCUUAUGGUAUUUUCUGCCUUGUCCUGACACCAACCAGGGAACUGGCCUACCAGAUCGCUGAGCAGUUCCGUGUCCUUGGGAAGCCGUUGGGCUUGAAGGAUUGUAUCAUCGUUGGCGGAAUGGAUAUGGUGACCCAGGCCCUAGAACUUUCCCGGAAGCCCCACGUUGUCAUUGCGACUCCAGGCCGGCUGGCUGACCACCUCCGGAGUUCCAGCACCUUCAGCCUUCAGAAGAUCAAGUUUUUGGUUCUGGACGAAGCCGACCGGCUGCUGGAGCAGGGCUGCACUGACUUCACCCAGGACCUGGAGGUCAUCCUGGCAGCGGUCCCCGCCAACCGGCAGACGAUGCUCUUCAGCGCAACACUGACAGACACGCUGAGCCAGCUCAAGCAAAUCGCCAUGAACCGGCCGUUCUUCUGGGAGUCCAUGUCAGACGUGCAGACAGUGGAGCAGCUGGAGCAGCGUUACCUGUUGGUGCCAGAGAAGGUCAAGGAUGCCUACCUCGUCCACCUGGUCCAGACGUUCCAGGAUGAACAUGAAGACUGGUCUAUCAUCAUUUUUACCAACACCUGCAAGAACUGCCAGAUUCUGAACAUGAUGCUCAGAAAGUUCAACUUCCCCUCGGUGGCUCUCCAUUCCAGCAUGAAGCAGAAGCAACGUUUUGCUGCACUGGCCAAGUUCAAAUCCAGCGUCUUUAAGAUCCUAAUUGCUACCGACGUGGCAGCCAGGGGGCUUGACAUCCCCACGGUCCAAGUGGUCAUCAACCACAACACCCCAGGCCUCCCGAAAAUCUACGUCCACCGGGUGGGCCGGACCGCCCGGGCAGGCCGGCAUGGCGUUGCCCUCACGCUGGUGACGCAGUAUGACAUCCACCUGGUCCAUGCGAUUGAGGAGCAGAUCGGGAUGAAACUUCAGGAGUUUUCCGUGGAGGAACGAGCCGUGCUGGAGAUCCUCACACAAGUGAACGUCGUUCGACGAGAGUGUGAGAUUAGGCUGGAGGCAACCGAUUUUGACGAGAAGAAGGAAAUCAACAAGCGGAAGCAGAUGAUCCUGGAGGGAAAGGAUCCAGACCUGGAGGCCCAACGCAAGGCUGAGCUGGCCAGGAUCAAGAAGAAGAACGUCGCAUUCCGCAGCCGGGUCCAGCAGGCGCUGCAGGAGCAGCAGCAGCAGCAGCUGCAGCGCAAACGGCAGAAGCAGGCGCGGCGGCGGCAGAAGCAGGGUGUGGUGGCAGCCAAGUGACCCAGAGCGCCCCCCCACGGCCUGGGGGCAAGAGACACUUGCAGGGGCAGGGCAGAAGGCCGCCAUCCCGCCCCGCUCCAGCCGGGAUUCCCUCCCAGCCGGAGAGGAGAGGAGCCCUGCAGAAGCCCUGUGGGGCGAGGGCAUUUUCUCGUCUUCCCAACAAGCUCAGGGGAACCGAGGCCCGAGCGAUCCCCGCAGUGUGGGGCAGGUGGGGAAGUGCAUGUGGGGGGCCCGGCGUUUUCAGGUGCGCUCUGGCCGGCUCGGUCAGCCUUUCCCUGCAGUCCCCGGACCAGCUGGACUUGGGGUGGCAUCCACUUAUCCAGAGGUUACCGGGUUGAUCGACACGCUGCCUUCUUCAAGACCUCUGUGGUCGGUUGUGCUGCGGUGGGUGAAGGGCUGUGUGCGUGUCCCUUAAUCCCCCAGGACAGGUUCUGUGUGGGUUGCUCUGGACCCCGGAGACGCUGCCGUCUCCAAGCAGCAUCUGCCCAAGGUCGCCUGCCUUGGCUGGUUGUCGCCACCCUUAAAGCUUCCCCGAACCAGCCGAGCCAUCUAGCCGAGCCCUCUUGCAUAGGGCCAGCUCUGUCAAGACCCCUAUGCCACCCGACCCUUGGCAGCGCCAGAAAGUGGGUGAGCAGGUGCACAUGGGAUGAAAGCACUGCAGCAUGUGCCUUCAAUAAAUUCUCCACUGAAGUGGGAAAAAGACC